AUUUUUCAAUUAUUCAUGAAUUUGCUAAACAAGAAACUGUUUCUGCACACUCACUUCCAACUCUGAAUAUACUCUUGGAAUAUUGACAAUACAACUGUAAACUAAAUUGGAAUCUGAUUAAUCCGAUUCGCUGAAAAGAUAAAUCUGAUAUUUAAAUAUUAAUCUGUAUAAAUGACAGUCUAUUCUUCGUUCAUAGGAUUUGCUGUCACCUGAGUGAUUUUCUUUACAGCGUGUUAUAGUUUCGGUUAUAAAAACUUAUGCUUAGCAAGGCUGUAAAAUACGUGUUAAUAUCACAUUUGUCUUUGCUUUAUCUGAUUGUAGUGGACAUUUAAUUGGCGCUAAAAUGUCAAGAUGGCCUAUUUAGUGUUGUUUUGCUGAUUAAUAGAUCCUUCAGGUGUUUGCAGCUGACUAUUUCGCCUUUAAGUGAAGCUACGCGAUUGUCUAUGAUGUUAUUAUAUAAUAAAUAGCAGCUGGUAUGACGCUUAGAAUCAAGAUACCACUUGUGAUUCAUUAUUCUUCAAUUUAUCCACAAGCAAAAUGAUUAUUAGUUUGCUAUGCAACAAUUCGACAGAGCUCACCACACUUCCAUGUAUUGUCUACUCUCACUAGUUUUUAAAUAUGCAUACGAGAGUUUGAAAGGACCUUUUUUAAUUUAAGGGGGUUUGCAAGUAAUUACAUUGCAUCGAAUUUCAGGUACGCUUUUAAAUUGCUUAUUUUUUUUAUAUUCUUCUGCUGAAAUCCUAACUCGGUCAGUUUUCCUUCACAAAACGUUUAUCUUAGUUUAUCACACACUUUGCUUUGAAUUUUUAGAAACUCGUUUAUUUCUUCUUCUAUAGCCAUUGUCGGAGUUUCGAUUACCCUCCUGGUCAGGUUUCAGCAGAACCCGUCCCCUUCCAUCGCCAUCUGUUUCGCGUAUCCAUGGCUGAGGUUAUGAAUGCCUUGUACCCUGGGUAUCAGCAGCCGCCAUUUUCAGUCGGAUUUUAAGAUCCUAUGAGAAUUAUCUGAAGGCGUUACCUGCAAACUCACUUUAUACUUUUGCGAAUAUUUUAAAGAUGUUGACGAUCUCUGGGCGUCGUGCAUUGAACCGAUCGCUGCAAAGCUUAAUCAAGCACAAUGAGUCGACGGUUACCGUACUUGAACAAUUGGUUGAAGACCUACACGAACAUCCUUUGCUUGUCCCUUACCAGAUGAUUAAUCAUGAAAGGUUUGAGGAUCUUGUAUGGGGAAUAAUUAAGAUUAUGGACUCAAAAAAUCUGCAUUCACCGAGCGUGGCGGGCAAUGCUGCUUACGUAAUUGGUGCCAUCAUUGACACUGAUGUUGGAAAGAACAGAGUUUUCAGGCUCUUUGCUGACCCAUCGAAACUGGAAUCUCACAAAUAUGUGCUGCCAAAUCUGACCGCCAUCAUUGAGUGCGAUGAUAAGAAAGCUUCUGUGAAUGCAAGUGGAACAAUAGCCGUUAUUGUUGGAACCGAGGCGGGAAGGACAUGGGCACUGAAGCAGCCAUCCUUCGAUUGGGUUCUUCACGUGCUAUCAAAGUCUGUGACGUCAGACAAUGCUGUCAGCGCAAGCAACUGCUCUCUUGCAAUUGCAAGAAUUUGUGUUGUUGAAGAGGGCUGCAGCAGAAUACUUAAUUUCCGUAACGCCAGGUUUAUCCUGACGCAGCUUAUUAAAUCCCUUGGCGUGGAUAAAGAGGGUGUUGGCAUGAACUCUGCAUUCGCAUUGGCACACUUGUGUCAACACGAGACUGGUUUACGACUCCUUUUGUCCCUUGACGAGUCACCUGAAAUGGUUUCCUCGCUCGUGACGAUGCUUUGCAGCUCUGACGAAGGCUGCAGCAAGAAUGCUUGUUUCGCUCUCCGCAAUAUGGCAACGAAUACGCUAGGCCAAAAAAUGCUUAUUAACUGUCCUGAUAUUGACAGGAUCCUGCAAACGUUGUCGAUGCUGCUUAUGAGUCGUGAUGAAGAAAUAGCAAAAUUUGCUGCUGUGGGUCUCAGGUACCUGGCAUCAGAGAAAGAUGGAUACUUGCAACAGAAAGCCCAUCCUAUGGUCAAACCAAACUUAAGGCGUGUUCUCUCAAACCCCGGCAUCAGUCACGCCUACAGGAAAGAGGCGAUUAAGACAUUGCAGAAUCUACUUCUACCAACUCCCGAAAAACCAGUUCUUCAGGUUCUUGGUGCUCAUGCAAUCAAAGCAUCAUGGGAAGACAUUGCAGCCAAAAGCGGUCUUGAUGUCAACUAUGGAUUAUAUGUUGAUGAUGAGAUCGUUUACGAAGGCCCUCAAACAUCUUUUGUCGUCAGUGGAUUGGAAGAAGUCACUGAAUACGUUUUUAAAUUGAGAGCGUGGACAGAUGAAGACGAAGAAAGUGGUGUCAGCGAGACUGUCAAGGCUACUACGUUUAGAGCUGUUUCCAGAGCACCACGUGGGCUGCGAGCGGUUUCAAUUACGGCAUCACAAAUUAAAUUCAUCUGGAGUCCUCCUGAGCGAGUUUAUGGUAUGCUUAAUGGCUACAAAGUACGAGAAAUUGGGCGCGACAUUACAUAUGAGCCAGUUUCAACAUAUCACAUUGCUGGAAAUCUCAAGCCAGAUACUGAAUACACAUUUGAGGUUUCAGCAGUGACAAAGAGAGGUGAAGGCGAAAGCGCUAAAUUGACAGUUAGAACAUUGCGUCAUGGCCAAGAAGGAACUAUUUCUGGUUCUUUUGGAGAAACAUACCUGUUAACAAGUCUUGGAUCUUCAGCAAACCACAAAACAAAUAUUUCAUCUAAUCAAAUCCAAAACAAACCCAAAAGAAGUUGUUUGGUCAUCAAAAUCGUUUUCUGUCGUUCUUCUACUUAUUAAUUGUAAAUAUAAACAUAGUCAAAGAUAUAUAGCCUCUUUUUCUCUUUCCAUGAACUGA